UUUGUGGAGUGGAUCCGUCCGACCGAGUCCGAUGAGCCGAAAGAAAAGUCUGUCUGUAGACCAUGAAUACACGUAGAUCUAGAUUCUAAGCCUAGAAUCUAAGAUCUAAAUUUCUAGUAACUCAACAAUCAGAGACAUUAUUAAUUUUAUAGCUUUCUUGUCUGUGGCUAUGUGUGACAGAGACAAACAGUGCCGAAACAUACAUUUUGUUACCCGCAUGCCCCAAUCAUGCUUAGAAGUGCAUGCUCUCGGAGACUUUAUACACUAGCACGGCAUGUGGUCAGUGGGAAUGGACAGCAAGUAUACUUCAGUUCUGAUGUGAAUGCAGGGCAGUCCAUUAGGGUUGAGCCACGGGUUGCACUUUAUGAUGACAAAGUGGACAUAGCUUUAAGUGGAUUUUCAUCACACGAGAAAGUCACAGUCCAUGGGCAAUCUGUGAAUGGAGAAAAAAAAAUCUUGUUUGGCUCUUGUGGACAGUACAUAGCUGAUGAGAACGGCUUUGUGGAUGUAACUAAACAACCUUCACAUGGCGGCACCUACACUGGUGUCGAGCCCAUGGGAAUUGUGUGGAGCCUCCAGCCAGCCCCAGGGCAGCCUCAGCAAACCCGCAUGGCCAUCAACUUCACAAACCGACCUGGUUUGAUCACCCUGAACACCUAUGCAGGACAUUUAGAUUUGACAGAUAUAUAUGGAGAGUCGGGCAUUCAGCCCUCGAGUUUAGCAUCUAUUGAAAUAGAACGCUGGUUCAGACAUGAGGAUGUUACUCGAAUUGAGAUUGAAGAAGGAAAUGUCAGAGGGGCCCUUUUCUUGCCUCCUGGGGAUGGCCCGUUCCAGGGUGUGAUUGACAUGUUUGGUUCUUCCGGAGGCCUCAUUGAGUACAGGGCUGCACUACUUGCCUCUCGUGGUUUCGCAGCCCUCUCUUUGCCGUAUUUCAAGUACAAGGAUCUGCCUGCAAAUUUACUGGAUCAGGGCUUUGAGUACUUCGAGGAAGCUGUGAACUGGUUUUCCAAACAUCCAAAGAUUUACCAAGGAGGAAUUGGAGUCAUUGGUGUGUCCAAAGGAGCGGAGUAUGUACUGUGUAUGAGUGCCUAUUGCCCACAAGUGACUGCUGCUGUCAGUAUAAAUGGUUUAUUCAAUAUGUGUAUCGGUGAUCUGAAGUACAAAGGAGAAGUGUUGCUCAAGGGGUCCGAAAUUGACCUCAGAGAUGAAUACUUUACUGAUGACGGACUCAUACUGACGGACGCCUACCCAACGAGGGGAGACCUCAUCCCGAUCUGGAAGGGCAAGGCGAAACACCUAAUGCUGGUCUCCAUGGACGAUGGUCAGGUGAACCCGGAGAGCUAUCAGGUCCUUUAUGAUGCAUGCCCAGAGGAGAAAAAGAAGGACAUAGAGAUUGUGAGAUAUCCCGGUGCUGGCCAUCUGUUGGAACCUCCAUACAAUGCUUUGUGUAGGGCUUCUGUCAACAGAGUAUUCGGUGUGGUUAUGUACUGGGGUGGACGUCCUAAAGAACAUGCCCAUGCUCAAGAAGAUUCCUGGCAGAAAACCCUAGAAUUCUUAAGAGAGAACAUUCCCAAAACUCUAUAGUUGGUUCUGUGGUAGGCAGUGAUAAUGCAUGUUCUUUGAGUGUGGUUUGUAUAGAUAAACAGAACCUGCGUAUAUCAGUCGAGCUGUGAAAUGAGGAAAAUUUGUGCAGCAUGAAAGUGGAUUGAGUUACUUUAAGGUCCCUUUUUUCAGGACACACCUUGAAUUUCUGCAAUGAGAGAAUACUCAAGAUUACUGUUUCAGGUUUCAGAGCUUCUUGUAAGCUUAGUGAAUUUAAUCUAAGUAUGUGUUUUUGUAUGCUCUCUAAUAAAUGCCAAAGAUCAUGUCAGACCACCACCUUUCCUACAGAUUAUAGCUUGUUCACUUUUGCAUGUCUAUGUUUAAAAAAUAUUAGUUCAAAUAUUAAUUUACCAAUGCCCACAUAACUAACUGUACAUGGCACUCCUGUAGGCCAGCAACCAAAGAAAUAUAUU